GGUUUCAGCGCAGAGCAGCAGCUCUGGGUCAUGGUUCCUGGAGUAGCCGUACAGUGACUACCAGCCUCAGUCGGGGUUUUCAGUCUGGUCUGCCUUUGCGCUCCCCCUCCUGCACCCACCCUGGAGAGGUCUGGACCCACGACACACGGCAGAGGCACUGUCCUGGGCCCAGGAGACGGGUGCGCGUGGCCAGCUUGGAAGCAGGACGGGGCAGAGGGGACUGCAGAGGCGGAGUCUUGCCAGUGAACGGAGCCUGGCAGUGGAAGAGUGAAUUGAAAGCAAGAACUUUUAUGUUCCAGCAGAAGGCUUGAGUGGAAAGGCUGUCUUUCCACAGCAAAAGUUACCUGCAACACAUUCAAAUGAAGAAAGGCUUGUGUCGGGAGUUCCCUGGCGGUCCAGUGGUUAGGACUCGACGCUUUCACUGCCAGGGCCCUGUUCAGUCUCACAAGUCUCGCGGCAUGGCCAAAAAAAGCGAAGCUUGUGUCUUGAAUAUCGAGCUAGAUGGAGAAAGAUGGACCACUCAGCUGGAAAGAGGAGCAGCUUUCAACAGCUGCUUCGAAAAGAUGCUCUCCACGCGGCCAGUAAGCACGUGAAGAAAUGUUCGACCUCGGGAGAAAUCAGAGAAGUGCAGAAUAAACCACAUAACCUACCACCACACACCCACAGAAUGGCUAUAUUUAAAGACGGCUGCCAAGUGUGGGGCAACAGAAAUGCUCACGUUGCUUCGGCUGCGUCGGAAAGCAGUGGCGUUGCAAUACAUUAAACGUACACCUAGAACUUUUCCACCCUGGAACCCUGCUCCUAGGUGUGGGUUCAGAAGUGAGAGCCUGUGGACCCCGUGAGUCGCUGGAAGCCAGCCUUGGUCCACCGCACAGCAGCGACAGGAUGGGGGCCCCCUCUGGUCCGAGCCCCCAGGUGUUGCUUCAGGGUCCUGACCGCCUGCCUUGUCCGCACACCUGUGGGUGUCUCAGCCCCGCCGCACAGAACUUGUACUUUGACCCCUUCAGGACCUCUCUAGGGUUCACACCCGUCCUCCUGUGGGAAUUGCCAAAGUUGAUCUCAUCUUCCAGCUCUUCCACCUGUCAACCCCCAAAAUACACACAGCCGAGCGCGACAGCACCUCUUCCCCUGCCUGUACCCACCUGGACCUCGGCUGUGCCCGGACUGGGGACACCUCCCCUCACGGGUGCCCCUGGAGGGGCUCUCCCCGGUCACUCCCGAUUCCGGAGCCCAGCACGGCUGGUGCAGCAGGGUGCCCGCCGGGUUAGCUGUUGGCUGCCUUGGUGAAUUUAUCAAGUCACCUCCCAAGUCGUGGGGCUGGAGAGACAAAAGCUAAGCUUCGAAUGCUGGCUCGUAGGAUCUGGGGUGGUAGCUGCUUUGUGCUACAUUUUGGCUCCUGGGUAGAAUUACACUUUGGCGGUAAUGGGAACGGGAGCAGUGUUCCAGACUCAGUUUCUAUUUAUAAUGGCGACAUGGAAAAAAUCCUGCUGGAUGCCCAGCAUGAAUCUGGACGGAGCAGCUCCAGGAGCUCUCACUGUGACAGCCCACCUCGUUCACAGACCCCACAAGAUACUAACAGAGCUCCUGAGACAGACACACAUGGCCUUGGAGAAAAGAACAGCUCCCAGUCUGAGGAAGAGUAUAUGGAGAGAAGGAAGGAAGUCGAAAGCAUCUUGAAGAAAAACUCAGACUGGAUUUGGGAUUGGUCAAGCCGGCCGGAAAACGUCCCCCCGACCAAGGAGUUCCUCCUCUUCAAGCGCCCGAAGCGCGCGCCCACGCUCAGCAUGCGGAACACGAGCGUCAUGAAGAAAGGGGGCAUCUUCUCCGCAGAGUUUCUCAAAGUUUUUCUGCCGUCUCUUCUGCUGUCCCAUCUGCUGGCCAUCGGGUUGGGGAUCUACAUUGGAAGGCGCCUGACAACAUCCACCAGCACGUUUUGAUGAAGAACUGGCGUCCGGCUUUCUCAUGUAGUGGGGAUGUGUGUUGUCCGCGGCACAGCGUACAGAGGAGGCCGUCUUGGUCCUUGGGUGGCUGCGCCACUUGUGUCAUUUCUUCUGUAAAUGCCACGUUCCUAACUCAGUAAGAUAAAGACACUAAGACCAUGCUCUCCCAUAAUCAUACUUAUGGGGUAAAGUAAUAAGCCUGUCAUUGAUUAAUAUCUGUUAAUGAUUUGAUGGUAAUCUUCGGAUAUUAUAAAUAUUUAAGUAUGAAUAAUUUUAACGUAUCCAUGAUAUAUGUAGUAUUUUAACACAUCAUCUGCAACCUUGAUUGAGUUGAACACUGUAUUUUGAAAGAACGAAUACCGUUGAUAUUAAAAGGACUACGUGAGGGUCUACCCCGAAUAAACACUGUGGCCUUACCCCCUGUUGUAGACCAUAUUUAAGCGGAUGCAUCCGUCUACUACAGACGCCCCUCAGCUCACUGUGCUGGUGGUUCUUUGUGACGUGCCAUGUAGAAUCCAGGCCGCAACACGGGUGGGCCAGGUGGUCCCCACGCCGGCACCUUGUGCGGCACAGGGACGCCCGCCGAGACCGACUGCCACCCUGGACGGCAACGGCCGGAUGAUCGGCGUCUUCUCUUAUCUCGGGAUUGCUAAAUUUAGUCUGUGUUCAGUUUGUGUGUGCUCUUAGAAUCAGCUUUAUUCUAAGCUAUUCUGUGUCUACUUUAAAAGCCCGGAAAUAGAAAACAAAUGAAUUUUUGCCAAAUACUUGGUUAUGGUAUUUACGUACGUCACACGAGCUUUUUCAUUAAACCAGGUGUUAUCCCCACUGCAUGGUUUUUAAAGGCUGCCCCUUUGAUAUACUGUACAAAUGCUGUUGUAUUUGUUUCACUUUUCCACACUAAAUUCGGUUGUGUUAAAUAAAUGUCACGUUCUAAUUUUUGAAAUCUUUGUUUAUAUUUAAACAAUUACCUUGGAGGUAGAGGCCUACAGCCCUUUCCUUUGGAGACAGCUGAUGGAUGGAAUGGCAUCAAGACGCCUUAUGUAAUCUAUCCCUGAAACAUUAAGCCUGCGUAUCCCACUGACCCGCUCUGGCCAAGGGGAUGAUUCCCUUUUAACAGCAGAUGUUGGUUGUUCAAGUGUCAGGAGCACCAGGCUGCACUCGGGACCGUCCAGCAAGGCCAGUGUCCUCAGAGCCAGCACCCCUUGGAGAGCUCUGUGCAUCCGUCACUCAGGUGACCCGGCCCGUGACGAAGGCCUUUGUGCAUUGAGACACACAAGGCACCCGCAGGUCUGGGGAGUUCUAAGCUAUUAAGUGUAAUCUCGGCCCCGCUCCCUUCCUUCUCCUCUGGAGCAGCAGUUUUACUUUAUGAUGGAUUCCAAUAGCUUUCGUCUGCUUUCCUCGCUUUUUACAAUCCUAGUUCUCGCCCGUCUUCUAGCUGGAUUAUCGCUCUGUUCCUCUCCUCCGUGUUACGUCCCCUUCCUUCCGUCUCUGCCCUGUUACUGACGCUCCCCAGGCGCAGGCUGAGCUGCGUGAUGGGGCCGGAAGCGCCUGCUGCAGCCGAUCACAAGGUUUUCUCCUCUCACUGCAACAUUACAGUGGACCUUUGAUUCUUUUAAAAUGUGUGACUAUAUGUUUUUGUUUUGACCUUUUGGGCAGGAGGAGAGCAGAAUGGUGACAGCCUUUCCACACGUGCCCCUUAUGUUAACGCAAAUAACACCAUCAUUCAUUUUAUUCACGGAACAGCAAGUUUACAGAAUAAUAUCAUCCAGACAAUUUUGGAUUAAAAUAACACCGAUCCUGGGGGCGAAUCCAUCCUCCCACAGACCAGAGCUCCUUGGAAAAGUGGGAAUUCCAGGGCAGCCUGAGGAACAUUUGUGGUGCCAGGAGGUGGGGCCGCGCUUGAGGUGAAGGACACGGAGCCAACCUGAGGGACCUGCAGUGGCUCGAAGUGGGUCAGCCUGGUAACAGGUUCCUGGUGGUGAUGGGCCGUCACCGGACUCGAGCAGGAUCCACAGGUCCACACCGAUGGAGGCCAAGUAAGUGGGGGAAGGGACAGUUCUUCCCGACAGAAUCCAAUUAAUAAACGGGACAAGGGAACGAGUGACCGUCAGGCAGACAGCUGCUGACGUGGGCCCGGUGUCACUGCCUCCCUAGGAAAUUACCGCCAAGGGAACCUAGGGUACCGUGGACCUCCUGACUCCAACAUCUCUCUCUAUUCUUGCCGAGAUGUAUAACUGUAGGUUACUCAUGAGAAAAUAUCAAGGCAUCCCAAACUGGGGGAGGUUCUACAAAAUAACUGUCUGAGCUCAAGGUCAUGAGGAAAUGAGGAGCUGUUAGAGAUUGAAAGAUACGGAGUGGGCUCCCCUGGUGGCGCAGUGGGUAAGAAUCCGCCUGCCAAUGCAGGGGACACGGGUUCGAGCCCUGGUCCGGGAAGAUCCCACAUCCCGCGGAGCAACUAAGCCCGUGCGCCACAGCUACCGAGCCUGCGCUCUAGAGUCCGCGCUCUGCAACAAGAGAAGCCACCGCAAUGAGAAACCCGUGCGCAGCAACGAAGACCCAACACAGCCAAAAAUAAAUAAAUUAAAAAAAAAAAUUCAGAGAUGCGGCAAUGAAAUGCAUCAUGGAUCCCGGGCGAGAAAAAGACAACUGGGAAAACAAACACGAAGAGAGCAUCCCUGGACCGGCAGGUCAGCAUCCCCCAGGCGAACGAGGAAUGCCCACCCAGUCCGGCUCCUGCAUCCUCGUGGUGCUGGAUGUUUCCUCCAAACUGCGGGGAGACAGCCAGGACCACCGUGCGGUGGGAAGAGCGAAAUGCAGGAUAUGGAAACAACCCAGGUGUCCACUGGUGGGUGUAUGGAUAAAGAAGAUGUGGUACAUGUAUACAACAGAACAUUACUCAGCAAUAAAAAGAAGGGUCUUGCCAUUUCAGACAACGUGGAUGGACCUUGAGGGUAUUAUGCUGUCAAUAGUCCUGACGGCACCUGCAUGGGCGUGGACGUCCCCCUGGCCCGCUGCUCCACACGCGGGAAUGAGAGCCUUCCCCAGCACCUGGCCAGGUGCUGCCUAGGUCGGAACACCGCCAAACACAGGAGUAAGUGGACCUGCAAGUUAACGGUGAUGUCCGUGUUUGCUACAAACCUGGAGCACGACAAAGUGGGGCGAAACAACUUCUGGGCAGCGCCGUCCGAGGCGGAGUGACUGGGAUGGUGGCAAAAACCUGGCUCUGCCCCCGCCCCCAACUCCGCACAGGCUUGCAGGCAGGAAGGCAGGGCAUGUCGGCAGGAGUGAGGGAACAGGUAGGCGCCACCAGAAAGCUUCUGGAUGUGCUGGGGAUGGGUAAUUUAAACGUAUUUUGCAGUAUCUCGCUCUACCGCGAAGCAUAAAGAACGUGCAGGGAACAUUCCUGUACACGGUUGUCCUUUGAACAGUUACACGGUCUUAAAAACAAAACCGUCUUGCAUGCUCUAGACAUCAGACGAGUCACCUGUGUGAUCGUGUACAGGUCUGUGCAGCUGUAACCCUGGCUUUCACUGCGUCUGGUCCACACCACGAACAGAGGACGAUUCCUCGUCCGCCUGCCCAGGGAGGAACCCCGGCAUGGCUCAGCUGCCUCCAGGGCACGUCCUGGAACGUGUUUUCUUGUUUGUAUAUUCGAGAGGUUCCCAGCCCACCCGGCCACUGCCAGAGAGCCUCAGAAGAAGGGCAGUGGCAGUGGUCAUGCCCACUGGCCUCCACCUCCACCCCAACAUUUCCGUCACUCUGAUGGAUGUGAAGGGACGUCCCCGUUGCUUUGAUCUGCUGAUUACUAAUGAGGAUGAGUGUUUUUAUUCAUUUCCCCCCCAUUUCUGUUAAUUCCCAUUCAUGAGUUGUUAGGACUUUCUCAUUGACUUACAAUUCUUCACAUAUUCUGGAUAU